AUGAAUUCUAAUAUAAAAUUAUUAGUUGCUUUAAUAAUAGCCGUAUAUGUAAACGCGGAAUAUAUAAGUUAUAAAGAUUACAAAGUAUUUAAGCUAGUUCCAAAAACAGAAGAAGAUGUAGACAUUAUAAAAAACAUACACCAAGAAAACAAACAUAUCUUCUGGAGUGACAUGAUCAAAGUUGGAAGUGAUGUUAGAAUUAUGGUGAAACCAGAUGAAGGGAAUGAUUUUGAAAACUACGCAGAGAGUGUUGGUUUAAAUGCAAAAUUAAUUAUACAAAAUGUUCAAAGUUUAAUAGAUGCUCAGUUAAAAAGACCAAUAGAGCGAGAUUCGCAACAAUACAAUUGGGAUCACUAUCAAACCUUAGAGGAAAUUUACGAUUGGUUAGACAAAAUUGCUGAACAACAUCCUGAUGUUGUUACAAUAAUAGAUAUAGGAAGAAGCGUAGAGGGAAGAGAAAUCAAAGGUGUAAAAAUUGAUUUUAAGAAAAAAGCAAACCCAGUUAUAGGUUUCUUCGAAGGAGGUCUGCAUGCUAGAGAAUGGAUAUCUCCCGUAACACUAACAUGGAUUAUAAAUGAAUUCUUAAACAGCAAAGACAGAAAAGUGAGAGAGCUUGCUGAAAAUGUUGUUUGGCAUAUCGUUCCUGUAACCAAUCCUGAUGGAUAUAAAUAUAGUUUCACUGACAAUCGAAUGUGGAGAAAGAAUCGAAAUACCGCAAAUUUCACGUCCUGUGCUCAAUGGAAUCUUGAUGACGAUAUGAGUAAUGGUUUUGAUUUAAACAGAAACUUUGGCUAUCUGUGGAUGGCUACUGGAGCAUCCCAGAACCCAUGCACCCAAAAUUUUGCCGGUCCAGUUGCGUUUUCUGAACCGGAAUCUAUAGCUAUUGCUAAUUACAUCCUCGGCUUACAAAGGGAAGGCAACCUGGUAUACUAUAUGGGAUUCCACUCCUAUUCCCAGAUGAUCUUAAUUCCUUAUAGUCAUGUUAAAGGAGCUGAUGUCUUGGAAGUUGCAAAUUAUGGUGAUUUGUUUGAAAUAGCUAUCAAAGGUGGAGAGAAACUGAAAGAAAGACACAACACAAUAUACAGCGUUGGUACAUCAGCGGACAUUUUAUAUGAAGUUGCUGGUUCCGGUUUUGAUUGGGUCAAAGGAAGUGCUAAAGUGCCUUUAGUAUUUCUCUUUGAAUUACGUGAUGUAGGAGAAUAUGGUUUUCUUUUGCCACCAGAACAAAUUAUUCCAAAUAAUGAAGAAGUAAUGGAUGCGUUAGUUGAAAUGGACAGAGUAUCUAGACAAAUAGGGUACUAUUAAAGG